GAUCAGGCUCGGAGGAAUGGCGUGCAUGUGAGUGUAGACCGCGAGGAGUUUCUCAAGAGGAAAGAAUUCUGGUGCCUGCGCGCGGUCUCCUUAGCAUCAGGGUCCACCUACUUCUACGAGCGCCUCAAAAGGGAUAAAAAGGACAGCUUCAGAAUACAGCGCCGCACUCUGCCUGGUCAGCGCGUGCGACGAGUGAAGUCGGCCUAACCGCUCCAUCGCGCCCAGCGUCUUAACCCGGCACGGCAGUUGGCGACGUCGACCGAGUGUCUGCACGAGGGGAGUCAGACAAUGAGCCGCCUGGAGCGGUAUUUGGCGCUGUCGGCGCUGAUUCUAGCCAACAGCGCCGACCGCUGCCUCGCCGAGGACACCACCGACAACCAGGACCUGUUCGUCGUGAACUCAGACUCAGCCCUAGGACAGUUCUCCGCCAGCGAGAAGGAGAACACUGGUGCAGCUGCUUACGGAGGCACCGGAGGUGUGCUCGCAGAGGAAGAUGACGAGCCAUCGUACGACCGGCGUCUCCUGUUCCAGGCGUUAAUCGGCAAGCGGGGAUUUGGCGAGCGAAAGCGGCGCGGUUUCGGCGAGAAGAAAAAGCGCGGCUUCGGCGAGAAGAAACGAGGUUUCGGCGAGAAGCGGCUUCGGACGACAGCAGCGGCCCACCGGAGCCUACUCGCUGUGCCCUCGGCCAGGACCCCAUCGGGGGCCCGGGUUCUGCUCUUCGAGAACCCUUACGAAGGCUCGUUGCCCUGACUAAGGGCAGCAAAUGUGAAGACUUCGCACAAGUUGAGGGUGGUUCCGCCCGGGGAUGAGAAGACCGCGCCCGAAGGAGCUCACAGAGCCAGCCACGUAAAGCGUUAUCGCUCACAAUAAUGGGCAUGGCUGGCAAUUUGCCGGCUGUAGCAACUUCUUGGACCUGUGGGCAGCACUCAGCUGUUGUUGAUUCUGAGCCAUCUGGAUGCUCGAAUGCAGUUUUGCUCGAAUGCAAAACUCGGAUGCCCGAAUGAAGAAUUAGGCCCACUUUCGAGAGGUCGCCAUGCAGGGACACCGUAUUAUAAGAUAAUAAAAUAAUAA